AUGUAUUCUGCCAUAAGCUUCACGGAGAAUUGGGACAAGUGGCCUGAGCUUCCCAAGCUUUGGUGGAGGGGCCAUGAAGCUGGAGUGGUUGGCUCCCUUGAGCCAUUUCUCUCUUUGCCAACGUGGAGCGUGCAGCCAGCCUUCUCCUUGUGGUGCGGAUCGUGGGAGCAUUUGCAGCUUAUAGGAGAGAUCUAUGAGGCAGCAGAGCUUGAGCAGACAAUCCCCAGUAGAUUGCCCACAGGUGAGGGCUUGGCCCUUUUUGCACCGGGCACCUGUCCCGCUCGGGAAGAAAUUCCUCACGGCGGCCGUUGGAUUGUGCCCGCUUCGAAGGCCUUCCUUGAUCAGGCUUGGCUGGCGCUUUGUCACAGCCUUUUGGAAGGCCUAUUCAAUGGCAGCGCGUGUGUUUGUGGAGUGACCGCAACACUGAAUGACUCUGAAGCAAAGCUGUCAGUCUGGCUCCUGAAAGCAGAGGACGACAUGCAUGUGUUGGCUGUCGGGAGCGUGUUGAUGGACCUCUUGCAGGCCAAGGGCCAUGCUCCACGUCUAAAGUUUGAGAGCUUCGUUCGUGGCAAAGUGACGCAUCGGCUUCGUCCCUGA